GGUACCUGAGACUAAAAGAAGGAAAAUAGAAUGACGGUCUGACGUAGCUGUCUUUUGACUUCUCUGUUGUCCGAUAGAAAAGAGACUGGCGCUCUGUAUAUCUUCUUGUCUGUUUGCAUUUUGGAGGCACUGCCACACUCAAGAUGGCUAUGAUGAUGCAAACACAUAUAGCGGAUAGAAACAGGAAAAGGAAGGGCUACGGGUUGAGAGAAGGGCCAAACCAAGUUUUGAGCACGUGUGCGCGUGCUGUGGCUGUGGGUAAUUCUCUGCGCAGAAGUAGCCGCGGCUGCUGAUACCAAAAUGGGCAAGAAGGGCAAAGUAGGGAAGAGCCGAAGGGACAAGUUCUACCACUUGGCCAAGGAGACUGGAUUCCGCUCCCGUUCAUCCUUCAAGCUCAUCCAGUUGAACCGCAAAUUCCAGUUCCUCCCAAAGUCACGGGCACUCCUGGAUCUGUGUGCUGCUCCUGGAGGAUGGUUGCAGGUGGCCUCAAAAUUUAUGCCAGUAUCCAGUCUUAUAAUUGGGGUCGACCUGGUUCCCAUAAAGCCCAUCCCAAAUGUCGUAACACUGCAGGAAGACAUCACCACGGAGAAGUGUCGCCAGGCCCUGCAUAAGGAACUGAAGACAUGGAAAGUGGGUGUCGUCCUGAAUGAUGGGGCCCCCAAUGUGGGAGCCAGCUGGGUACACGAUGCCUUUUCACAAGCGAACCUUACACUGUCGGCACUCAAACUGGCCUGCGACUUCCUGUCCAAGGGUGGCUGGUUCAUCACCAAGGUCUUCCGUUCCCGGGAUUACCAGCCCCUCCUGUGGAUCUUCCAGCAGCUCUUCCGCAAGGUGCAAGCCACAAAGCCACAGGCCUCACGCAAUGAGUCAGCUGAGAUCUUUGUGGUCUGCCAGGGGUAUUUGGCCCCAGUUAAAAUUGACAGCAAGUUCUUUGACCCCAAGUUUGCUUUCAAGGAAGUGGAGGUUCAGGCCAAAUCUGUGACUGAACUGGUGUCCCAGAAGAAGCCAAAGGCGGAAGGGUAUGAAGAUGGUGCUAUGAUUCUUUAUAACCGCUGCAUGCUGACAGACUUUCUGAAGGCCUCCAACCCUGUUGACUUCCUGGCCAAGGCUAAUGAGAUUGUCUUGGACAAUGAAGAACUAGAACACCACAGCGCCACCACCGAGGAGGUGCGCCAUUGUUGUCGGGACAUCCGUGUCCUGGGACGUAAAGAGCUCCGGGCCCUGCUAAACUGGAGGACAAGGCUGAGACGUUUCCUUGUGAAGAAGCUGAAAGAACAAGCCAAGGAAAUAGAUAUCAACCUGAGUUCCGGUGAGGAAGGCGAAGGAGAGGAAGAAACGCACCCUAGACAGGCAGACCUGGAGCCCGCAAGCAGAGAGGAAGAAGAAGAAAAAGAGGAGGAGGAGCUGGAGCUCAAACUUGCAGAGCUCAAAGCCCAAGAGGUGGCAGAACUAAAGAGGAAGAAACGCAAAAUCCUGCGUGAGCGGCGGCGGCAGCGAGAGCGUGUUGAGCUCAAGAUGGAUCUUCCUGGCGUCUCUGUUGCUGAUGAUGGUGACACUGGCAUGUUCUCUCUCCGGGCCAUUGGCAAAAAUCAGCUACUGCAUGCGGUAGUCCAGGGUGACAUGGCAGCAGCAGAUUCCUUUGUGGCGACCGUGGCAGACGCAGACAAUGACCUCUCGCUCUCAGAAGGGGGAGACUCCGAUGAUGAUGAUGUGUCUCUGGCCAGUGAGCUGGAUGGUGAGGAGAUGGCAGAGGCUGAGGAGCGGUCAAGCCAGAUGAAGUUGGCCCGUGCCCCAAAAAGGGUUGCCUGUGAAGAUGAAGAGGAGGAAGAGGAGAGUGCGGAGGCAGGGAAUCCUCUCUUGGUGCCGCUAGAGGGCAAAGAGGAGCGUCGGGAACAUCAGGCGAGCCUGUGGUUUGGCAAGGAAGCUUUUGCUGGAAUUGACGACGAUGCAGACGAGGCGCUGGAGAUUGGGCAGGCGCAGGUGCUGUCCCAGAACCGAGCAGAGCCUCCACCAGUCUCCAGAAAUACAAAGAGGAAAAAGAAGCUGUCACAGCAUGAAGUCACGCCAGAGUCGACACUCGGGGAAGGUCCAGAACCUGAAGAACCCAAAGCUGCAACUGAGGGGAAGGGCUCUGACACUGAGGAGAGCGACAGCAGCGACAGCGAUGAAGAAAGGGAGCAGCUAGCCUCACGUGUGAGAAUGAAGCGGCUCCGGUCAGAGGUAGAGUCAAGCGGUAUUGAGGUGAUCCCUAUUGAAGAUCCAGUGAAGCGAGCUCGGAUUCUGGACCCUGAGGGACUGGCACUGGGAGCAGUCAUCGCCACCUCCCACAAGGCCAAGAGAGAUUUGAUUGAUGACUCUUUCAACAGAUACACCUUUAAUGAGGAAGCUGAGGAGCUGCCUGAGUGGUUUGCCCAGGAAGAGCAACAACACCGGCGCAAACAGCUGCCUCUAGAACGGCAAACAGUGGAGGAGUACCGCCAGCGCUGGCGGGAGAUUAAUGCUCGGCCUAUCAAAAAAGUGGCUGAGGCCAAGGCCCGCAAGAAACGCCGGAUGCUGAAGAAAAUGGAGCAGAUGAAGAAGAAAGCAGAGUCUGUGGUGAACACUGUAGACAUCUCCGAGCGUGAGAAGGCUGCUCAGCUACGCAGCAUCUACAAGAAGGCAGGGUUAGGUAAGGAAAAACGGCAAGUGACCUAUCUUGUGGCCAAGAAGGGUGCAGGCCGGAAGGUUCGGCGUCCUGCUGGAGUCAAGGGCCAGUUCAAGGUGGUGGACAGCCGUCUCAAGAAGGACAUGAGAGCCCAGAAACGCAAGGAUCAGAAGCCAAAACGCCAGCGUCAGAAGUAAACUGUUGGUAUGGUGUGUUGCCAUUGUUAAGUGAGUAGGCCUGCCACCCUUGAACACACCAGGAUCUCAGAAGAACAUUGAGGAACAUCUAACCAGACCUCUGGAGUCACCAAGCAGCAGUCAAUGGGCUAGCCCAUCCUGUAGACUAUGUUUAUGAUGUAACACGGAAUAUACAGUAGGGCCCCACUUCUCAGUGCGCUGCUUUUUGGCGUUCCACUAAUACAGCGCCAGCGGGGCGAUCGGCUGGAGGGGGGGCUGGAGCUCACCGCACUCCAGCUGAUCGUGCUGGAGGAGGGGAAGAUCAGCUGUAGAGAGCUACAGCUGAUCUCCUCUUCUGGUGCGAUCAGACUCCUGCGCUCAAUCUGAUCGCGCUGGAGGAGGGGAAGAUCAGCUGUAGCGCUCUGCAGCUGAUCUCCUCUGACGUGAUCAGCGGGUUAGGUUCCAGACCCCCGCGCUACAGCUGAUCUGCUUUUUGGUGCUUUUGGGCGGGGGUCUGGAACCUAACCUGCCAUAUGAGUGGGGCCCUAUUGUACCAGGAUUUCUCUGAAACCCACAAUACCUAGCGCUCGGUUUGCUCACUGAUGUGAGCUGCAUGGGUAUUGGACAGUUUGGCCUGGGGUUAUUUUUUUUGUGGGGGGAGGUUUGCUAUUCAGGCCCACUUGCAACUCACUAGAAGUGUCCAUGGAGGUCCUCUUCAUGGGUGUCUUCCUUUCAUGUUUGGGUGCCUUUCUGCCUUCGAUGUUUGUUUAAUAAACAAAGUUUUCUCAUAAGCUA